AUGGUCUCCUGGCGAAGACGGUAUUUAGCUCGAGUGCAAGAAGUCUCCUGGCGAAGACGCUAUUCACAUGCUGCGAUAAAACAACUCAAGUGCAAAGAGUCUCCUGGUAUUCAUCCGGAAUGUAUAAUUAAGAAUGGGACCAAAAGCCAAGGAAACCAUGCUAACGCUUUUCUCCUGGCGAAGACGGUAUUCAUCCAGAAUUUCUAA